CCUUUUAACUUUUAAUGUUUCCCUCCACACUUCUGCCACGAGACAUCGCGAAAGAUAGAUAGGAAUAAAAGAUAACCAUCCAGUGCCGAAUCGGCUUUUUUGUUUUGUUUUGUUUGUUUAUUUGUUUGUUUAUUUAUUUUUUAGUAUUUGUUCGCCUUCUUUUUUUCUUCUUGUUUUUUUUUUUUUUGCUCUUCAGUUCAAAUCCCUGUGCGCGCCCGUGAGCGCGCAUGUAGACAUUCUGCGUGGAGACGUUUUGCGAAACUUUAAGGAUGAUAUACCUUGGAUGUUUCCUGUUGCUCUGCGGGCUCACGCGUGUCAUGGCUAGUUAUCCCAUCUGGUGGUCACUAGCAGUGGGCCACCAGUACUCAUCACUGGGUACUCAGCCUAUUCUGUGUGGCAGCAUCCCAGGUCUGGUGCCCAAACAGCUGCGUUUCUGCCGGAACUACGUGGAAAUCAUGCCCAGUGUGGCAGAAGGCGUUAAGAUUGGCAUCCAGGAGUGUCAGCACCAGUUCAGAGGCCGACGCUGGAACUGCACCACAGUCACUGACAACCUGGCUAUUUUUGGCCCUGUGUUAGAUAAAGCCACUCGAGAGUCAGCAUUUGUUCAUGCCAUUGCCUCAGCGGGAGUGGCAUUUGCAGUGACCCGUGCCUGCGCUGAUGGUUCAGCCACCAUCUGCGGGUGUGACACACGCCACAAGGGCCCCCCUGGUGAGGGAUGGAAAUGGGGCGGUUGUAGUGAGGAUGUGGAGUUUGGGAGCAUGGUGUCCCGGGAGUUUGCUGAUGCGAGAGAGAAUCGCCCUGAUGCACGCUCAGCGAUGAACCGCCAUAACAACGAGGCAGGAAGAAUGUCCCUCAAUGAGAACAUGUUCCUGAAAUGUAAGUGCCAUGGUCUUUCGGGGAGCUGUGAGGUCAAGACGUGCUGGUGGUCUCAGCCAGACUUCCGAGUCAUCGGUGACUACAUGAAGGAUAAGUAUGACAGCGCAUCUGAGAUGGUUGUGGAGAAACACAAGGAGUCCCGUGGAUGGGUGGAGACGCUGAGACCCAAGUACAACUACUUCAAACCCCCCACAGAGCGUGACCUGGUAUAUUAUGAAAGCUCGCCCAAUUUUUGUGACCCUAAUCCUGAGACUGGCUCCUUUGGCACUCGAGAUCGCAUCUGCAACCUGACAUCCCACGGCAUAGACGGGUGCGACCUUCUGUGCUGUGGGCGGGGUCACAAUACUCGGACUGAGAAGAGGAAGGAGAAGUGCCACUGUAUUUUUCACUGGUGCUGCUACGUGAGCUGUCAGGAGUGUGUGCGAGUCUAUGACGUCCACACCUGCAAAUGAUGUUUCGUCUUCUCACCCCUUUUUUAUUCACCAAAUUUGACACUCUUUAAUUGGCACAAGAGUAAUUAUACUAACUUUUCCACAAGCUAUAAGAGACUGUAAACAUGUCUGACCUGUCCGUGGACUCCAGCGGCAGACAUGAAGAGCCAAUCUCUGACUUUAUUAACUGGAACAGUUCAGUAGAUGCUGACAUCACAAAGCAUUUCACUCACAUGAACUGCGACGGUGGCAAUAAUGACAACAAUGUUGGUAUCUAUAGCAAUGGCAAAACAAUUUUUGUGUACUGACGUAGGAAAGGAGUCAGCUAAAUGACAAACACCAUAUUGGUGUUUUUUUUUGUUGUUUUUUUUUUUCUUUUCUGUGUGCCAAGUAGUUACUUUUGUUGAGAAUAGUGCAGCACUGCCAAUGCUUUCAUGUCUAAGGGGCAAACAAUGGAAAUGUAAUUUGUUAAAUAUGUUAAAAUAUCUCUUUGACCACAUUUAUGACAAAUUGACACAAUCACACACUCAACAGCAUGCAUCCACUUCCUCAACAUUAUUAGUAUGUACAUGUAGAGUCUAUUUGAAAACUAACAUUACCGAUGUCUGAGUGAGUAUUUGAUUUUUAGUCUUAAUAAGUUACUGAUCUUUGGGUAAGAAUGCACUUGCACCUGAGUGAAUGUAGUAUUGUGCUGUAUUGUGUUUACAUGUUCACAAAGUCUUAAGCUAACAAGUUAAUAUCUGCUUUAAAUGACUAACUUUAUCUGAGAGUAGACGUGAGCCACAUCCAGGGGUGUUGCAACAGGCAAAGCAGGCAACUGCAGAGCAGCUCAUUACUUGAGUUCACAGCAAUGACAGUAACAUCCCAUUUCCACUGGUUGAAGUACUAUUUAAUUCUGGGCUUAAACUGUUUUUUGAGCAGUAGGAAUGUGUUUAAUUGGCAUUCAUUCACGGGUCAAAUGACUCUAGAUUUGUAUCAGCUAUGGCUCCGGUCUGCAUUAGCAGGGGUAAGACCGGGUAAAUACGGUAAUUUCGUCUUUGUCAACUUCAUUUUUGGCAGCAAUGUGGAUUCCAGUGUAAUCUCCAACACAGUGCUAAGAUGUGCAAUCUUCUCCCAGCCGUUAGCAUAGCCCUUAAGGCCCUGGUAUACUUCACUGAAGUGCGUGUCACAUAUCGUGGACCCUGGUAUACUCGUGCAUCAGGGUCCUGCAGUAUCCCACUUCACCAUCGGGUGGCGGUACAAGUCUGGACGCAGGGAAUAGGACACGUUCCUACCAAAGAAGAAGAGAGCAAUGCUAGAGCUGCCUCGGACACAUCUGGUACGAGCGGCUCACAGCUGAAAGGCUUGUCGAGCAGGGGAGUCGAGCAGAAAAACUAUUUCUUCUGUUGUCGAAAUGGUUUUUCUGCUUGGUAGCGGGGCUUAAUACCCCGGCGGGGCGGAAAUUCAGUUUGCGCAAGCGCUGUCCACCCAACACGCUCUUUGCGGGCAGUUCCAAAAUCUGGGCUGCACACGCAACAUGCGCGUUGCCUGUUGAUGACGCAAUUUAGCUUUGGGUCAGCGUGCGUUGUGCACAGAAGUAUACCGUGGCCUAUAGCCAUGACCUUACUUUUUACAACUAGGAAAUGUGGUGAAUAUUCUUUAUGAAUCAUAUUUCAUAUUAUUAGCCCCUUAAAAUUGGUCACUUACCCUUAAGUUUGAACAGGUAAAUAAAAGAUACAAAAUAGCAAUGACUGUAACACUGUCACGCAUUGUUUUGCUGUUGUUUUUUUUUUUCGUCCAACUCAUUUGCUCAUUUGUGAUGUUUUUCGUGGGGUCACCUGGGUUAAGAAAAAUCACUGGUAUAACCCACUAAUUUCAGUGUGAAUGAGUCUGUAAUUGAUGAUGUACAGGAAGACUGCAACAGCGUCAUUGUCGGAAUACUCUGAACAAAGUCCCGUCCCAAUUGCUGUGGAAUUUCACAACGGCAAUAUUGAAUAUUGAAUAUGAAUCACACUUAUGCUUCUGUUAGUCAAAAAGAAAGAAAGAAAGAAAGCAAAACCAGACGAGGUUUUGCUUUCCAGACGAGGAUAAAAAAGAAAAAAAAAAUGAUUCAGAGUCUAUUCAAUGUAGGGCCCCCUGGUCCAUUAUGCCUGGGGCCUCCAAAGUCCCUUGGAACACCCCUGGUCACAUCCUUUGAACAUUAGCAGAAUAAGAAUAUACUGCCCACUGUCAGCACAUUUCAUAAUACACCUGGAAUUGCUGAAAGGUUUGUCUUGUAACAAUGCUUUGAAUGACCAAAGACAAGAAAAGAAAACCCCUGUGAGUCUGCUGUGGUCAGAGAGCUGUAAACGAAUCUUAAAGCUCAGCACUUGUGUCCUGUUGAGAAAUAUGAAGCAUGUUCUUGUUUUUAUCAGUAUUAGCAUUGUCUUGUGUGAGUGGGUGUGGGGGAAAAACUGUUAUUUAUGAAAAGGGAUAUUCCCACUUUUUGUUACAUUUCUGUGAAUAUAUUUGUUUAUUUUGAUAUUUGAUAAGAUAGAAGUAAAAGCCUGUGUUCCCUUAGGAGAAAAACGACAUGAAUAACAACUAAGCUGUAUCAUUUAAGCUCUGUAUAAUGCAGUAUAAUUUGCAAUGGCAGUGAAUUGAUGACCAAAAUCUGUGCAUUUGAUGAUUCUCAGUUGUGGCUUAUCAACUAAUCAACAAGCAGCAUCACUGAAACUAUCAACACUUCCCAAUUUUAAUGCUGCUAAGUAAAGAUUAUAUGUGUUUGUGUGUUUAGGUCUUUACAUACAAUAUGUCUAUUUCCGUUGUUUGUAUAUUCUUGCUUUUGUUGAUUCUUUCUGUGAAAGAAAAAUAUUAUAUAUAUAUAUAUGUAUAGUUUCGGAAAAAAAAUGUGAAGUCCUGACUAAUUUUUUUUUACAUUCAGUAAUCCCCAUUUAACCAAAUAGUCCAAAAUAGAGUUUGUGUUGUUGUAGUUGUCUGUGGAUUUUGUAGACAUGCCAAACAUCAGGGCAAAAAUAAUCCACGUUUCUUUCCCCAGGGUGAAAUACUACACUGUGUUUAUUUAUUUGGAAAGUGAACAACUACUGAAAGCUGAGAUGAAACCAUGUCAUGUUUAUUAAAUAAAAAAAAAGAGGAAAAAAGUUGGUGUAUUAUGUAACUGAUACUGUGGAAAGAUGUGUCAAGUCACUGAUGAAUUCUUGUUGUAAAGCCAUGUCUCAGGCAUGUGUUAUUUUCAGGCUCUAAUCAAAAUUGCCCACCCAUGAUUACUUUACAUCAUGACUGAAAAUAUUAAUGAACAGUCAUAACCAGUUUCUCAUGUAAGUCAUGUUCAAUAAACUACACAGCAACCACUAUCA